AUGCGCCCGCCGUCAGCAAGCGCUAAGCGGGCACGAGGGACGCCGCCACCCGUGCGCGUGCUCAGCGAGGGAGAGGCGCUUGCCAAGCCGUCGACUGAUGAUCGGAGCUACAGGCUGGUCGAGCUGCCAAAUGCGAUGCGCGUGCUGCUGAUAUCCGACCCACAGAUGUCGGCGGAGGAGGACACCGGCGACGGCCACGGCGAUGAGGACGAGGGCGAGGGCGACAGUGAGGAGGGCGAGGAGGGCGAGGAGGGCGAGGAGGAGGGCGAGGGCGCGGACUCGGAGGGCGAGGGCGCGGACUCGGUGAAGAAGGCGUCCUUCGCCCUCUGCGUGGGCGUGGGCUACCUGAGCGACCCUCCGAAUGCCAACGGCCUCGCCCACUUUGUGGAGCAUAUGGUCUUCAUGGGGACCGAAAAGUACCCGGACGAGAAUGAGUGGGCGGCCUUCCUGAGCUCGCACGGCGGAGAAGACAACGGCGAGACGGACGCGGAGACGACGUGCUUCUACUUUGACGUGCACCCAAACUACCUGCGCGAGGGGUUGGACCGCUUCUGCCAGUUUUUUGCGGCGCCGCGCUUUGCGUGGGGCUCGAGCGAGCGCGAG